UACAAGCCGGGAGCAUCUCCCUCGCUCUCUGCUCGAGUUAAGUCAAGGCUGUUUUUUGCUCAAGUAUAAUUUGCAGUCAGCUCAGGGCUGCUUGCAGAAUGAACAACGGAUGAUGCUUGAGGUUUAUUCUUUAUUUUUAAUACAAAGCUUUUUGUCAGGCGCAAUAUUGUCGAGGUUGAAGGACAAAUUCAGCUCCCUCACAAGCCUGUCUUCUUUGGAAUCAAGUGACUUGAUGGAGCGUUAAAAGCAGAAAGGGAAAGAAACACUUCAACCUCAGCAACAGAGGAACAAAGAAAGCUGGAAAUAAACUCAAGAAAAAGGAGCUGCGAGUCAGUGGACUAUUUACUCUCUGUAUUUGAUGAUGAGGCUCGCAGAGGACGUUUGUCUGCUCUCAGAAUACACUUUUCUUCUUAUGGACUAAUCCCGCCAGACUGCCUACAGGCAGAAACAAAGCAUGCUGUAAAGCUCUCAAAGGUGAUGUGGUGGCAGAAGAGCAGCGAUUUUCAUCCAUCUUCCUAUCUGAAGAAAAGAAGCAGUUUUUCUCUUCUUUCGUCUUUGCAGUCCUCUUCACAUGAAGAAAUCCAAUUCCUCUGUUAUGAUGUUCCUGCUUUGGGCUGCAAUGAAAGGAACAUCCCCGCAACUUGAGGCAUCUCUUCGUCAAAUUGUCCGUCCCCUUUGUUACUUUGUAUCUUCCAUGUCUAUGCCGCUGCAUUUACCUUGAAUACUUUUCUCUGCUUUCAUUUUUCUUUUUUUGUUCCUGCCUGAAAUAGCUGUUACUCAGACACACUUGCUCCUCCACCGAUUAUCCUUGUUGAGCUGUUCCUCCCCUGCACCUCUGUACACUCGUUACUACACUCUCCUAAACUUUUUCUCUCAUAAUUUAGUUUUCUUUUAAAUUUCUUUCCCCCCACUCUCUCCUGAAUUUCAGCUAUCUGCAUUUGGGUCCUUUCUUAACCUGAGGGCACCGGACCACUGACCAUUUCUUUAAAUUCCUUGUACUUACUUGAUAUAAUUUACCUCCAAAAAUCUUCUUUGGUACCUUUUCCCCUUUUUUGCCCUCAAAAUUAACCGUCCCGUACAUUCACCAUGCACACCUCUGAGGAGCUCUGGAACUCCACCGAUCAAGUUUGGAUAAACGGCUCGGAAGGAAACUUCUCUCUGGUAAGACGUGGGGAUGAUGAGGAAGAGGAAGGAGACCAACAUCCCUUCCUCACGGACGCCUGGCUGGUCCCUCUUUUCUUCGCCCUCAUCAUGCUGGUCGGUCUGGUUGGAAACUCUCUGGUUAUUUAUGUCAUCACUAAACACAGGCAAAUGAGAACAGCAACCAACUUUUACAUAGCAAACCUUGCUGCCACUGACAUCAUCUUCUUGGUGUGCUGUGUGCCCUUCACCGCCACCCUCUAUCCUCUCCCUGGAUGGAUCUUUGGCAACUUCAUGUGCAAAUUUGUCGCCUUUCUUCAGCAGGUGACAGUCCAAGCCACUUGUAUCACCCUGACAGCUAUGAGCGGAGAUCGCUGUUACGUCACAGUCUACCCUCUGAAAUCUCUCCGACACCGAACUCCAAGAGUAGCCAUGAUCGUCAGUGUCUGCAUUUGGAUUGGGUCCUUCAUCCUGUCCACACCUAUUCUAAUGUACCAGCGUAUAGAGGAGGGUUACUGGUAUGGCCCCAGGCAGUACUGCAUGGAGAGAUUUCCUUCUAAAACACAUGAGAGGGCUUUCAUCCUCUACCAGUUUAUUGCUGCCUACCUGCUUCCUGUCCUCACAAUCUCCUUCUGUUACACCCUGAUGGUGAAGCGGGUUGGCCAGCCGACAGUUGAACCUGUAGACAACAACUAUCAGGUCAACCUCUUGUCUGAGAGAACCAUCAGUAUCAGGAGCAAAGUGUCCAAAAUGGUGGUUGUAAUUGUCCUCCUCUUCACCAUCUGCUGGGGUCCAAUACAGAUCUUUGUCCUCUUCCAGUCGUUUUAUCCAAACUACCGGCCAAACUACGCCACAUACAAGAUCAAGACGUGGGCCAAUUGCAUGUCCUACGCCAACUCUUCAGUCAACCCCAUAGUGUACGGUUUCAUGGGGGCCACCUUCCAAAAGUCCUUCAGGAAAACGUUUCCUUUUCUGUUCAAGCACAAAGUGAGAGACAGCAGCAUGGCUUCAAGGACUGCCAACGCUGAGAUCAAGUUUGUUGCUGCAGAGGAAGGCAACAACAAUGCACUGAACUGAAUCUGACAAUUCAAAAUGAGAAGAAUGAGAUUCUUGUUUGUACCAAGGGAAAUCGCUCCAAGAAGAAAUAUAAAUACUGAAGGUUUUUUUUUUUUAAACCAAUGAGCUUACUUUGUCGAAGUCUUAAUAUAUCCGGCUGAUCUCUAACAGAAUGAAAGACUGUGUGUUGGGCAGACGUAUUUGAGUUGUGUUAAUAAAUACAACUAAUUCAAGUAUUGAUGUGGAGAAACACAGAGUCAUAACAUGGAAGGACACUAACAGUGCUUGGCACAGUCUGUUUCGAUCUGUUUCAAUGCCAAAGACUUGGCACAUAACAUCAUUUGUUGAGCUGCCAAACGCCAAUGCCAAAUAACAUAGGACAGUUGUUCACAUCUGAUGACAAAAAUGGAAAUUUAACCUGAAAACUGCUGGCGAGAAUCCUCACCCCUGUGAGAUCAUGGUUGACAAGGUCUGAUUUGAUGUAAGCGAUUCAUCAUUUGUAUACAAAGACACACAAGAAUGUAAAACUGAAUGUUACAUUUUUAAUGGACUAUUGAUACCUCUGAAAAGAUGCCCUUGACAUGUUAAUUUAUGUGGUACACAUUAUUGUCGUCCAAUCACAAGAGAAAGAGAACUAAAAUGUUUCAUUUCUCAACUACAGUAGAGACACAUUCUGUAUCUGAAACAGCAAGCUCUGUUCAGUUUUUAAAGAGGGAGUGUGACAUUUCAGAAAGUAUGUUUUUUUUCUCUCUCCUGCAGUCUCAUGUUUGAGUGCUCAAUGUAAAACUAAAACAGGUAAUUGUUAUCUUAACUUAGCAAAAAGACUAGAAGCAGUAGGACCAGCAACUCUAAAACACAUAAAGGUGGCUAACGCAUAAAAACACAGAAACUUGUAUUUAAGGGUUUUGUUUUGACUUUUCACAGAGCUCCACUUGAUCAUUUCUAAUCUAAGACCUGUUGUAGAAUAAAGCUGAGGUAAGCCAAUCAACCCAUGGUUGCAGUUUUGUUGUGCUAAUUUAAUAAAUAGACUUGAUUUAUUUAAAUUAUGAGAUCUCAAUUUGUAAAUAGUGUUCAUACAUAAUGUGGAUGUCUCAUAUUAGCCAAAGUACAUAGCUGUAUAUAAUUUAAGUGGGAUUUAACUAAUGUGACGUUACAGUGUCCGUUUACUGUUCUCUUUUAAUCUUUAAUGUUUCCAUUCCUGACAAUUGGGAGAAUUUGUUCAUUCAUCUCUGGUGCCCUAGUUUUACAUUGGAGGCUUGUUAAAAACAUCCACCUGAAUAAAGAACAGGAUGUUAUUUGUUGAUUUUUGUUUCCACACAUUUAACCAGCUGUGAAAAAAAGAGUGAGUUUAGGAUACCACAGAGUUGUGAUUAUCCCAGGUGUGACGAGAGGAGCUGGCUGUAAGAGGGUUCACCUCUGGUGAAACAUGAACACUGUUUACCUUUCUUUUUUGUCAAAGCCAUAAACAUUCACACUUUCACAAUAACACCUUCCAUCAGUACAUUAGCACUCACAAAAGCUGUGGAAACAUGCAUACACGUGCACAUGAUUCGAUUCCACUGUAUGUCUGGCAUAUUUUGAAAUUGACAAUAAAGUUGACUAUGACUUUGACUUGACAUGGACUUUCAAAAGAUGCAACCAGGUGUUGUUUUCUAGAUCAGCUGCCACCUCUCUGAGAAACACCUUUCUGUGACCCUGUCAGGGGGAUAAGAUUGCAAAAAUGUGGAGAGAACCUGUGCGGCCUUUAAUGUUCCCUGUUUGAGCGAGCACUUUGAUGGAGAGCUUGUUCAUGGAGCAGCUUUCAGGCAAUGGACAUACAGCCUGCAUUGUUCGUAAAUGUAAAGAGCUGAAGCCAGCUCUCCACUUUGUAGUUGCAGUCAUUUUCUGUCCAUCCCACACAGUGGCAUUCAGAAUCAGAGCCACAAUUAUGGCCCAUAGAAAAUCUGCUAAUGCAAUGCUUAUUUGAAUUGUAAAUCCUGUGGGACUGGCCAUCAUCAGGGCUUCAUUCAGUUAAGACCAAAGUGUCUUGAAAGGAAAACCUGAGUGCUUUUGGUUGCCAUAGGUUGCCAUUAAUUGAAACAACCUUUAGGCACAUUUUGCUAACAGAAGUGGGAAAGAACUUCAGCAACGAUCAACUUGAUGUUGAUAAAUGUGAAAAAUGUUUAAGUAUAAACAUGAACAACUUAUAAGUAUACCUCAAUGCAAAAUAUAUAGUUAUUAGUUUACUGAAAAAUCAUUCUUGACUUUUAUUCAUCAAGUGCACCACAAAGCCAUUUAUUCUCAUCGGAGUGCCACAGCAAAACAUGUCUGAACAUGUUUUAUUUCAAUGCUAAUAUCUGCUUUUUUUUGCUUUUUAUUGUAUGUUCAAUGUGCUGCAACUUUUUCCACAGAGCAUAAUGUACAUCCGUUAAACCAAGGUCGUCAAUAACAUGUAUAGUUUGAGCUUUAAGUAUUCCCUGUAUUCUGAGUGUGACAAUGUUAGUUAGUCUUUUAAUUGUAUGUUCUGAUUGUUCAGCAAUUCAAUGCAGCUUCAAAGAAAAUAGUAACGGUGCAACAGAUCACUGUUGAUGCAUGAUCCGUUCAUGAAUCCAUCCCCCCCCCCCCAAACUGUUUUGUGGCCACAUGUGAUCUGGGAAUCAUAGAAAAUGUAUCAACAUGUUUUAACGUUACUGUUAAUGUACUGCUGCUAAAUCCCUGUGCAGAUUCUCAGUGAAGAAAAGGUAGUGUUCAAGUAGUUUAAUAACCCACGGUUAAAUUAGUUAUUUUAUAAGUACCUUUAUUUACUGGCCGAUCUUAAAAACAGAUUUUAUCAGAUAUAUUAUAAAAAAUCUAGAAUCCAAUCCGAACUGUGACAUUUGUGAUCCGUUGCACCGCUAGAAUAAAGCCAUUACAAUUCUAGCCGUUCAUUUGUCCGUCAUUGUGGGAAAUAUGAUGACUCACUUGACCAGCGGUGAUGAUUUGAACAAGUCUCAGGGUAUAUGGAAUCAUGUCUCCAGUAAGGUCUCUGAUAACUUUUGCACAUAGGUCAUAAUGUAAAUGUACAGUUUUAAACGGUAUCCCAUAUAGCUGUUGCCUGUCAUACAUAUUUCUGCUAAUAUGGCUAUUUUGUUUAACUUCAUUGUACAUUAACAGAUGCUCAACAUCUGCAUUAGAAUACACCUGGAAUUUUCUGUUUUCAUCUUGUUGACAGUAACGCAUAAGGAGGUCUUGUUUGCUAACGGCCUGUUUCAUCAUCUCACUUACAGAAAUUGGAUUUGGUUCUACUUUGUAAACAUAAUCAAACAUGAUUAAAAGUCUGUGAUAAUACACUUUCCUGAAAAUAUUUCUCAUAAUAUAUAUUUGUUUCAUGUAUUUUGGUUACAUUUGUAUGAAGACACACCAGCAACUUAAG